GGUUGGUGCGGCUCCGCUGAGGACUGGUCCUCCUGAGGCUUCAUGAAGCCGCAAGAGCCGCCGGAGAGCGGCCCUGCCGCCGCCGCGCUGGAGGCGCUGAAGCAGCGAGCGUGCGAGAGCGUGGAUCUGAACGCUGCGCGUCUGGGCGCGCUGAGCCGCGACAUCUGGAGCCGUCCCGAGCUGGCGUACGCGGAGCACCAGGCGCACGACGCCCUGACCCGCUUCUUCUCCGGCAGGGACGUGCCCGGCGCCGCCUGGGCCGUGCAGCCGCGCUACAAGCUCGGCACCGCUUUCCGCGCCGACUGGGGCACGGCGGCCCCGCAGGACCCGCUCCGCCUCGCCUUCCUCUGCGAGUACGACGCGCUGCCCGGGCUGGGGCACGCCUGCGGCCACAACCUCAUCGCCGAGGUGGGCGCCGCCGCCGCGCUGGCGCUGAAGGCCGCCCUGGAGAGCCUGGCGGAGCCCGUGGCCGUGCAGAUCACCGUGCUGGGGACCCCCGCGGAAGAGCAAGGAGGAGGCAAAAUAGACCUCAUCAAGGCUGGGGCGUUCGAUGGCCUGGAUGUGGUUUUCAUGGCGCACCCCUCGCAAGAAAACGCUGCUUACCUGCCCGACGUGGCCGAGCAUGAUGUGACUGUGAAAUACUAUGGAAAAGCUUCUCAUGCUGCUGCUUAUCCUUGGGAAGGAGUUAAUGCAUUAGAUGCUGCUGUUCUUGCCUACAACAAUCUGUCUGUUUUAAGGCAGCAGAUGAAACCGACCUGGAGAGUUCAUGGUGUGAUAAAAAAUGGUGGUGUGAAACCUAACAUCAUUCCUUCUUACACUGAACUAGAGUUUUACUUGCGUGCUCCUUCAAGGAAAGAGCUUUCUGUUCUGACAGAGAAGGUUGAAAACUGCUUCAAAUCUGCAGCAGUGGCCACAGGAUGCAAGGUGGAAAUAAAAGGUGGUGAAAAUGAUUACUACAAUGUGCUUCCAAAUAAGAGCCUGCAGAAAAUUUACAAGGAGAAUGGAAAGAAGCUUGGAAUAGAUUUUAUAUCAGAAGAUGCUAUCUUGAAUGGUUUGUCAGGUUCCACAGACUUUGGAAAUGUUACAUUUGUGGUCCCUGGGAUUCAUCCUUAUUUUUAUAUUGGCUCUGAUGCAUUGAAUCAUACUGAGCAGUACACAGAAGCUGCAGGGUCACAGACUGCUCAGUUCUACGCCUUGCGCACAGCAAAGGCUUUGGCAAUGACAGCCCUGGAUGUCAUCUUCAAGCCAGGUCUGUUAGAAGAAGUCAGGGAAGACUUCAGAGAAGUGAAGCGGAAAGAAGAGGAACAAACAAAUCCAGUAGAACCUAAAAAAGAAUCUGGUGUUGGUGAAGGAGCAUGUGCAUCACACUAAACUUGAUUAAAACAUUCUCAGUAGCAUUGACUUAAUGGAGAUGCUGUAUUUAAAUCCCAAUAGAGGCUGGAUAAAUACAUAGCUGAAGAAAUUAUGAUUUUAUUUAAUUUGGACUUUAGGAGAAGUAAAUAGUAUAAUUGCUUUCAAAAAAUGUGAAAUUUCAUCUAGCUGUAAUGUUUGUGUUCACUAGGGUGAUGAUUUUCAUACAGAGAUCUCAAAUAUGUUCUCUUUAAUUUGCAGUGUUGAAUAAAUUACAGUCUUUAGAUCCCUUAUCAGUGAUGUUCCAUGUAGUGCUAUAUUAAUAUUCUUUUUAGAGGAAGUAUGGUUGUUUUCUGUUCUAAAAUAAGCCCUUUUCAUUCAGUGAUCAUAUGCUGAAUCUGAUCUGUGAAGCUUUUAUUAAAUUUCUGGUCAGUCACUUUUCUUGGGACAAGAUGGAGACUUAAAAAUGAGCUGGUUUCACUGGAGAGAAGGGGCUAUGUUUGGAAAUAUACUUGGUUUUGAUAACAGUAACUUCCAGCAAUGGAAGAGGACUGUUUCUAUAGGAGUGCAAUCUGUAAAGCUUGAUUGUCCUGACAUGUGUUGAUUUUCCUCCUAGUAAAUUCUGGGGGUGUUGUGGAGAAGUCAUGCAUCACAAAAUUGGAAAGCAGCUAAAUGUUUAUUUGAUUAAAUCAACACAUUUAAACUACUGCAAGAAAAAUUCUGCUCUGAGGCAAUACAGGUGUCCACACAAGGUGUUGCAUUAGCUUAACUGAUCUGAAGGAGAUGUAUAAAUUUAUCUAAACCAGUGGAAAUCUUUGUGACAAAGCUACAAGUGUGGUGCCAUGAAGCAAUAAAUGGUUGUGUGCAAGUCUCUCUAGUAAUCUCAGAGGAGCUUGCAGUGAGGACUGCUGACUUUUUUAACCUGUUUGUUCCCGUGUCCUAAGCAGCAGAUCUGUAAAGUCUUGCCAGUCAUCCUUUCUGUGUGUUGUGUGGUUAGUCCAUUUAAUUUUUAUUUUGCUUCUCAAGGACAUUGAUACUGCAGUUUUAUUUAGGUGGUGUUUUGUGUACCCAGUCAUGCUAGGAUGCCUUUUGAUUCACUGGUUAAAGGAUCUUGUGAGUACACAGAAAAGAAGUCAGUGGACAGAUGGAGUGAGAAAGCAACUUCCUGAUUAACAUUUUCCUCAGCACAGGUACUUCUGGAAGUCUCAGGAAGGAAGGCAGGCAGGCUGUAUUCCUCAGGAAGUCAGAAUAACUGACUUUCAGAAAUAUA